UAGUAGAGUGUAUAAUAUAUAUUGCAUUAAGAUGAGAAUCCUGUUGCUUGUGUUGGCGUAUUUCUGUGUUUUCUGCUCCGGAGCACAAUCUUCUAAAAAUAUUAAAUCCAUGGAAUCAAGUGAGGAGAAAUCCCGUCCCUACUGGAAUCCUUUAUACGCCUGGAUCUACUCUGAUGUAAGAUGUCAACCCUACUAUCUCCAGCAUACAGAUAGAUACUAUUGUACUGAUGACGGGGAAGUUAGGUGUAUAAAUGGCUGGUCUGGGAAGAACUGUGAUGAACCGGUUUGUGGAAAUGGAUGCGGGCAUGGUAAAUGUGUAGCUCCAGAUAUUUGCAGAUGUCACAUGGGCUGGCAAGGAAACAGUUGUGAGCAGUGCAUCAAACAUCCAGGAUGUAAACAUGGAUGGUGUGAUAAAGCUUUUGGAUGCACAUGUGAAGAUGGCUGGAAGGGAUUGGAUUGCAGUAUUCCAAAGUGUUCUGACGGAUGCUCUCAUUUAUACGGAUUUUGUGAUGUUCCUGGUGAAUGUAUUUGUAAACAUGGUAGCGGUUACCAAGGAGAGAAUUGUACUCAGUGUACUACUUUAGAAGGAUGCCAGCAUGGAUACUGUAAUAAAUCUGGAGAAUGUAUCUGUGAUCCAUUUUAUUCUGGAGAUCUUUGUGAUUGUGCUGAGUGUAGUGAAGGUUGCCAUAAACAUCAUGGAUACUGCAAGGAACCUAACACUUGUUACUGUGUUGUUGGUUGGCAAGGACCUAACUGUACUGAAUGUGCUGUAUAUCCUGGAUGUGAACAUGGUACAUGUGAUCUUCCAUGGACUUGUAAUUGUGACGAGGGGUUCACAGGAUAUUACUGUAAUGAAACCAUUGUAUGAUAUGAUGAAGAAGAUGAAGUAUUAUCUGUAAUUAUAAAUACAUGAGAUAUCAUUAUGUAGCAUGAAUAGUUUUUAUAGCAUAGAAAUAAAAUAAUAAUCCAAGA